UGCGAGAGUUCUCACCGCUGGAAGAAGACGAAGGAAACUUGUCUACCUUAAGACAGCUUCUGCAGCCAUUCACGUGGCCGCUGUCUUCUACUGUGAACAUGUGUUUCUCGCAUCUCCAACUUGUUUCUUCAUCCUGCCAUUGGAUGUUGAUCCGACGUUCAAUGAUCAACCAUCGUUAUACGACGGACGAGGUAAGCACUAAAUGAAGUAUUUAGCAUGUCAUCGCUGGCAUCGAGGAGAGCGGGAGGGGAUGGCGGCAGAGGUGGCGUGCGCCUGCGCAGGGGAAACGGAAGAGGAGGAGGCGAGGGCGGUGGUUGGAGAGGCGGCCGCAAUUCGGGCGCUGAACACCGCCGUAGAGCUCCACUUGGAGAAGACCAUGGAGAAGAAACGGGCGGUGGACGCGCAGAAAAAGGAGAUGUGGCGCCUCUUCCAGCUCUUCUUCCUCUUCUUGGCGGUGUUGUUCGCGGCCCAGCUGGGGGCGCCGCAGGACCGCCUCCAGUGCCGCCACUGCUGGGUCCCCAUCGCCCUCCUCGCCCUCGGCCACCUCGCCUUCUCCGCCGCCGCCGCCCAGACCCUUCGCUGCAUCCACGGCUGCAAGUACCAGCGCCGCUGCCACAAGCUCACCCUCGCCCUCGCCACCGACCGCCUCAAGCUCCUCACGACCCGCUGCUCCGCCGCCGCGGGCCCUGCGCCGGCGCUGCUUCCGGGGGAGUUGGAGAUCCACUACCAGAAGCCGCCGGAGAGCUACCAGCGCAAGUUCAACAGGAGCUGGGCUGUACACGUCGGCUUCCUGAUAUGUACCUUCGGGUUCAUGGUCUCCUGUACCGUAGUCGUCCUCUGCUUCUAGAAUAGGUUCUACUCUUCGAGAAGCUUCUGGAAGGCUCUAGAUGGGAUCUCCUAGUUUAUGGAUUAAAAAUUUUCUCUAUUUCUUUUCUAGGCAUAAAUAUUUCAGCACUUUUAAUUUCAUUUGUUCUUUAUUUUAUCAUGCUGUAGAGACAUGUAAAUUUGUGCAAAAAUAAGAAAAUAUUUUGGAAAAAAUAGAUUAUGUAUA